UGUUAGGUGCUCUGGGUUUUGUUCACUCUAAGACUCCAGGGCGAGGAGUUAGGGUUGAGGUGCCGGGUCCAGAAAGCUUGACAGUCGUGGUCCUGCUGCAUAAUUGCGGCUGUGCGACUUGGUGUCGCUGCCUAUAUGUCUCGUGGUAAGGCCAAAACAAGAACCCCCGUGCCAGUGCCCCGGACCGCCUCCGCCACUCCCGCCCGGCCCCGCCCACAGGGUUUGAUGGCGGCGCCCUCAAGGAGGCGCCUGGCUGAGGGCAGGGUGACCUUUGAGGAUGUGGCCGUGUACUUCUCCUUGGAGGAAUGGGAUCUCCUUAAUGAGGCUCAGAGACAUCUGUACCACGAUGUGAUGCUGGAGAACUUGGCACUUAUAACCUCCUUGGGUUGUUGGCAUGGAGCCCAGAAUGAGAAGGUACCUUCUGAGCACCGUGAUUCUUUACAAGGAGUGUCACAGGUCUGGACUCCCAAGGCAGGUGUGUCUCCCCAGAAGGCCCAUCCUUGUGAGAUAUGUGGUAUGAACUUGAGAGAGAUUUUGCACUUGACCAAGCACCUGGGAACAUGUCAUGGGCAGAAACUGUGUAAGAUAGAGGCAUGUGAGAAGCAGUUGUAUGUCAAUGUGGAACUUCAGCAUCAGAAGCAGCACACGGGAGAGAAGUACUUCAGGAGCGACAUGGGCAGAGCCUUAGUUGUAAAGGACUGCAAAUUCUGUAUGUCAGGGAAACCCUUCUCCUAUGGAGAGGCUGUGAAGGACUUCCUAGCCAGCUCAGGAUUUCUCCAGCAUCAGGCCACAUGCACCAAGGAGAAGUCAAAGAGGAGAACUGAGUGUGGGGCAGCCUCUCACAGGGAAAAAACUAUAUGUAACUCUGGAGAAUACACAAAAGACUUCAAUUGCAAACGCACACUUGUUGAACACCGGAGAGUUUUCACUAGAGAAAGAUGCUACAUGUGCAGUGAAUGUGGAAAGUCUUACAGCAAAAGCUAUAGCCUCAAUGACCAUUGGAGAGUUCACACUGGGGAAAAGCCUUAUGAGUGUGGGGAAUGUGGGAAGUCCUUUAGGCAAAGCUCUAGCCUCAUUCAACACCGGAGAGUUCACACUGGAGCAAGGCCUCAUAAGUGUGACUUAUGUGGAAAAUUAUUUAGCAACAAGUCCAACCUCAUUAAACACCGAAGAAUUCAUACUGGAGAAAGGCCUUAUGAGUGUAGUGAAUGUGGGAAAUCCUUUAGUGAAAGCUCUGCACUUCUUCAACACCGGAGUGUUCACACUGGAGAAAGGCCUUAUGAGUGCAGUGAAUGUGGGAAGUUUUUUACCUACCACUCCAGUCUCAUAAAACACCAGAGAGUUCACUCUGGAUCAAGGCCCUAUGCAUGCAGUGAAUGUGGAAAAUCUUUUACUCAAAACUCCAGCCUCAUUGAACACCGCAGAGUUCAUAGUGGAGAAAGGCCUUACAAAUGCAGCGAAUGUGGGAAAUCUUUUAGCCAAAGCUCUGCGCUUCUUCAGCAUCGGAGAGUCCACACUGGAGAAAGGCCUUAUGAGUGCAGUGAAUGUGGGAAGUUCUUUACUUACAGCUCCAGUCUCUUAAAACACCAGAGAGUUCACACUGGAUCAAGGCCUUAUGAGUGCAGUGAAUGUGGGAAAUCCUUUACUCAAAACUCUAGUCUCAUCAAACACAGGAGAAUUCACACUGGAGAAAGGCCUUAUGAGUGUAGUAAAUGUGGGAAAUCUUUUAGCCAUAGCUCCAGCCUCAUUAAACACCAGAGAGUUCACAUUGGAUAAAGGCUUUAGGAGUUGGAAUGUGGGAAGUUAUUUACCUUUAACCCCAGACUCCUAAAACGCCAGAUCACAUUGGAUGAAAGUCUUGAGCAUGGCAUUGUGAGAAAUCAUUUAUCAAAAUCCAGCCUCAUUACAUCUAGAGCAGGGGUGUCAAACUCAUUCUCACCUGGAGCCACAUCAACCUCAAGGUUGCCUUCAAAGAGCCAAUCCACUUGGCCCCGCGAGUCCGCCGGCGGCGGCGGCCUCGCUGAGGUGAGUGCACUUGUUCCGGACCCGCCCCCUCGUCCCCACCGAGCCCUGCAGCCCAGUCCCCGGCGUUCGGACCGUGAGGCGCUUGUGGGUGAUACCCGUUGUGACGAGGUCCUGACCAGGUGGCUCAAUUGGUUUGAGCGUCGUGCCGUGCACCAAAAGAUCAUUGGUUGGAUCCCCAAUCAGGGCACAUGCCUGGGCUAUGGGUUUGAUCCCUGGUCCAGUGGGUCUGGGAGGCACCCGGUUUCCAUGGCUGCAGAGGUGCUUUUGGAGCCUACACAGGGAUGUGUGACCUUUGAGGACGUGGCCCUUUAUUUCUCCUGGGAGGAAUGGAAACUCCUUGAUGAGACUCAGAGAUGCUUGUACCAGCAUGUGAUGCUUGAGAACUUCGCACUUACAUCCUCUCUGGGCUGUUGGAGUGGAAUGGAAGGUGAUGUACCUUCUGAACAGAGCAUUUAUUUAGAAGAAGCAUCACAGAGCAGGACUUUUAAAGCAGGUUCAGAUCUCCAGAAGAUCCAUCUCUUUGAGAUGUGUGGCCCAAUCCUGAAAGAUGUUUCGCACUUGGCUGAGCAUCAGGGAACACAUCUUGGGCAGAAAACAUAUACAUGUGAGAAACUGUUCUUCAUGGCCAACCUUAAACAGUACAGGGAGCAACACGUUAGAAGUUCUGUGGACAGAGCUUUGUGUACAAAGAUCUGCAGAGUCUGUGCAUCAGAGAAGCCCUUUAUCUGUGGGGAGAUUGGGAAGGACUUUUUAGCCAGCCUACAGUUUUUUCAUCAACAGAUCUCUCACACUGGGGAGAAGCCAAAGAACAGUAAUGAAUGUGAGGCUGCCUUUCACAAUGGAAAAAGUCUUCACAGCUGGGGAGAAUGCAAGAAAGCCUUUAGCUGCACAGACACACUCGCUCAGAUCCAGAGAGUCGUCACUCAAGAAGGGCUUUAUGAAUGCAGUAAAUGUGGAAAAGCCUGUACCCGAAGAUGUAACCUCAUUCAGCACCAGAAAGUUCACAGUGGAGAAAGGCCUUUUAUUGACUGCAGUGAAUGUGGGAAAUCCUUUAACUGCAAAUCUAACCUUAUUAAACACCUGAGAGUCCACACGGGAGAAAGGCCUUAUGAGUGUGGGGAAUGUGGCAAAUUCUUUAGCCAAAGCUCAAGCCUCAUUCAACACCGGAGAGUUCACACUGGAAAAAAGUCUCAUGAGUGCAUUGAAUGUGGCAAAUCCUUUAGCUGCAAAUCUGACCUCAUUCAACACCACAGACUUCACACUAGAGAAAGACCUUAGAUGUAUAGGGAAUAUGCAAUUUCCUUUUAGUAUAAUUACACUGGAGGAGAGAACUUGUGAGAGAGCCAUUUACCUGAAUUACAACCCAUACAUCAGAAAAUCCACAGUGGAAAGAUUUUAUUUAAAUUCUGGGUGUAGGAAUCUUUAAGAAACUGUUUUAUACUUUCUGACCUGCCCAGGGCCCUUGCUAGAUAUAUGUCACUGCCCAUUUCUAUGGCAGAAUUCAUUUCACCUGUACCACCUGGCAGGUCCAUACAGUGUGCAUCAGUCACCACCCUAACCAUCUCAGGGAAGUGGAGCUCUAGGUACUCCCCAUUUGCUGGAGAAAAUCCUGUGUAGUCUUCACCCUUCCAGGGUUCUUAUUCCUCUCUCUUUUAUAAGUUAGGAUAUGGACCUCACUCAAUUUUGGCCCACUGGACCAGAUCAGAGUUUUCCUGGUGACUUUGUCAAGAAGACUAUGUUUAUAAGGACGUGUUAACUUCAUAUGACACUUACUUGGAUUUUCCCAGCUUCCAAGUUACCAACCUGUAAACUACCUGCCACUUAUUGCCUUGGAUUUUGCAAGAAUAAAGGCAUUAUUGUUUAAUCCACUUUUGACUUUGGGGUUGUAUUUACUGUGUGAGCUGGUUUGAAAAGAGUUUGGCUCUGCCAGCUGAAGGAGUAGAACAUUUGUCAUGGGGGUUCAAAGCUUGGUAUGCCUCAGAGAUAACAGAAUGAUGGAAGAAUAUUCCUCUCUAUACAUUGUUGACUAAGGUCUCCUAGAAAAGAUCUUGGGGCUUUGUGGUCCUUUGUACAUGGGGUGUCAGAAUGUUUUUGGUGGGCUAUGGAAACACCCGGAGGAGUCAGGAAGUUGUGGCAGCCUCAAGUGCUUCUGGGAACAACAUGAAUUGUUUCUCUUGUUCACAGUAGAUAUCAUAUAAUGUUCAGCAGUGUUGAGGGGAAUCUAUACCCCAGGUCCUACACAGGAGCCAUGUGUCCUGAUACCCAGAAUUCACUGGGCUAGGAUCAUAAGGGUA